UUUAAUAAAACAGUUUGGUCAUUUUGAUCCUUAGAGUCUAUAUUUGUGACAUAAAUUUUUUUAGUGCUAUCAUAAGGUAUUUCUCUAAAAUAUUUUGAUAAAUAUUAUUUUUUUGCCAUUGUUUUUAAAAUAGAAUUAAAUUUUAGUUUAUUCAAAAAUAUUAUUAUGUACUAGACCAUAUGUGUAGACCUUUGCCACAGUUUUAGAAAUAUUUGUUAAUUUCCGUUAAAUUUUUAAUUUAAAUUUGUAAAUAUUAUUUAUCAACAAUUAUUUAAUUCUAAUUUUUUACAUAAAAUUAUUGCAUAUAUGGUUAAAUUCAACACAUAGAGUUAAAUUUUUGUAGUUAACCAUUAAUGAAUAUAUAUAGAUUAUAGUUAUGGUAAAAGUUUAUUGAAAAAUUAUGUCUACUUAAGGUUUUACAUGUAGGGAUUUCAAUAUAUAUAAUAUGUACAGUUUUAUAAAACAAAGUAUAUAUAUAUAUAUACAAAUUUAUGUUUAAACAUAAAAUUAAAUUUUUAAGUUUAUGUUUAAGCAUAGAUUCUAUUAUUUUGUGUUUCCUGUUUUUUUUUUUAAUUUUUAAAUAAGCUUAUAUGUUUUUGGUAAUACUAUUUUAUAUUUUAUUAUCUCCAGAAUACAUAUUUCACUAUUAAAAUAUUUUUUGUUUUAUUAUUUUUAAAGCAAAACCCGAAAACUAAAAACCAAAAUCUAAAAUCAUCAAUAUUUCUUUUAAAAAAAGACUAAAAUCGACCGCACAAUCAAAAACCAAAUUCUAAAUCUUAAAUCCAAAACCCAAAAACUAAAAAAACAGAAACCAAAAUAAAAAAAUCUAGAAACCAAACAAACAAUCAUCACGUAAAUUUUUAAUUUUAAUAGUAUUGGUAAGUGUUUCAAAAAAAAAAAAUAGUACUGGUAUUUCCUGUAUUUUUAAAUAAUGUGUUGUCAUAAUUAAUUGGUCACUUCUUUUUGACGGUAAUAAUUAAUUAAAUUGUUUAAAUAAUUACAAUUUACAAGGUUUCCUUAUAAGGCUUUAGGCCACUAAACGGCCCACAAAGAAGCUUCUAAUACUGAUUUAACUUUUAUAUAUUCGCAGUACUUAAAGUUAACUGCACAGACACUUGUUGUUCUUCAACGGUCUCUUCCACUUUUUGGGGAAGAAAAACUAAACGAUGGCAGAUGGUUUUGGCUACGGCAGUUUCUCCGGAGCACCGUACCCGUUCUGGCUUUCGUCUCCGUCUGCUUCUCCGUUUCCUGCAACCUAUCCGUCUAAUUUAACCCAAGGAGGAGGGUUUGAUCCCACGAUUUCUCAUGGCUCUUACCACCGAUCGCCAUCUGAUCGGUCGAGUAACCCUUCUCUAACUCAUAUGCCUUCUUCAUCGUUUUAUGUUAACAACGGAGGAAGUUACGGUCCCAGGGGUGAAGAUUCGUAUACAUACAUGAUACCACCGAGUGGAUUACACCACCCUUCAUCAUCUGAUUAUUUAUUAGAGACUCAACGCUUUGACCGCAUUCCUUAUAAAUCAGACAUGCUAAUCAGAAACUCUCAGGAACCAUUCUAUUACCCUAUCCUGUCUUCUGGCGGAAAAUACCAUCCUGGUCCUCCUGUGGUUUUACCACAAGCUCUCUUUGAUGGAAGUCAGACUGGGGUUCGUUUAGGGGAUGGGAGAUCAUGCACUGAUGUUGUCUGUAGUCAUGCGCCUGAUAAUAUUCAAUCCAGCUUGCCUUUGUCCGAGAACCCAGAUCUUGGCAAUGAGACAGUUGGCUCAGCAGGUUUAAGAAGUCCUCGAGCUUCCCACCCGCUACAAUUUGAUAGCAAGUCCUCGGAGAAACGACAAGGUAGUGGCGUCUCCUCCCUUUAUCAGACGCCGAAAACUUUCCUUGCUGACAGUGAGAAUGGUGUUUCUGAAACCUCCUUGGAGAAUGCUAUUGACGAUUUAAAUUGUGAUGAGCAUAGAUCCUGGAACCACUUCAUGGUAUCUUCUUCUGAGGGACCUUCAGCUCCUACUAUUAUGUUUUCUGUAGGAAGUGAGUCAUGUGUUGCAAUGAAAGCAGAUAACGGAACUGCUGCCCAAUCAGCUGUCAACUGUAAAGCCCCUUCCCAUGUUCAAGCCACUGAAAAACAAAUUUAUGAUAUGAGGAAUGGAGAUAACAAGACCACGUCGUUGACUGAUAAGGGUAUCAAAGGGAGUAGUAAAUCGAAUGCUGAUGAUGUCUCAACUGGCCAAUUGCCCGAAAGGCAUUUAUGUGAUCAAGAAGGGUUCCUGUCUCCUGCUUCUUGUCCAAGAGUCUCUUCUGUGGUUAAUGCCAUGCAUAAUCUGUCAGAGGUGCUUGUUUAUGAAUGCUUCAACAAUGGGAGCUGGCUGAAGCCGGAACAACUUGAGAACCUUGAUAAAGUAGUUGAGAAUCUCACCAAGUGCUUAAAGAAAAGCACCGGUAACAAGACAAUAACAGGGGAAGCAUCAAAUCCAACUCAAGCUAUGCAUGUUUCUUGUCCAAACGUGAUUGACCUUAAUAUGGCCUCAAAUGUAGUUGCUAAAGACUGUGAAGGGUUUAGUGUCAAGCCAUUGGAUAGAUUUGGUUUGAAAGAGCCGGUGGAUAAGGAUAAGUAUGAGAAUGAGAUGACCCAGAGUAUUAAGAACAUACUUGCUUCCAACUUUCCUGAUGGUGAAGAAAACCACCCACAAACUCUCUUGUACAAGAGCCUCUGGCUUGAAACUGAAGCUGCCUUAUGUUCCUCAGCUUGCAUGGCUCGGUACAGUCGCAUCAAGAGUGAGAUUGAUAAUCUCAAAUUGCAGAAUAGAGAGAUCUCUGCAGGUGCAUCAACCUUUAUGCAAGAACCUUUUCUUAACCCCCAGAAACCAGUUUCCAUUAUCAAACACGGAAGCAAUAGCGGGAACGAUAUAGUAACAAUGAGUCAUGCACCACAAAGCUUUAGAUUCAACUCUGAUUCCGUUUCUUCAGUACUAUCAGUUAUGUCCAGAAGCUUUAUGGGUGGUUUAGAACAGGAACAUCAUGAAAACUUCAAGCCUGAUACUGCAAUCUCUGGAAAGAUACGGGACGCAAUACAGCAGGAAUCCCCUGGAUUCACCACAGAGGAAAAACAUAGUGAUGUUAUAGACAGGUUUCAGAUUCUGAAGCAGCAAGAAACAAAGCGCAAACUCAUGUCUCAGAACUGCUCAGAGGCAAGAAUUGGUGAUCAGGAGGAGAAUCCAGAAGCUUCUGAGGUGGCUAAUAUUGGCAGGAGCAGCCAAAUGAGUGAUGUCAUGGAUAGGUUCAAGAUGCUUAAACGCCGGGAAGCUGAGCAAGUUGAGGAACCUCUCAACCGCUUGGACACAGAUUCAGAUUCUGACAAGGACCAGCCCAGAAACAAGACACAAAUUUGUGACCAUCUUUGGGAGUCGAUGAUGAUAAUAGGUGGAAAUUCUGUGAAAGAGACGUGUGCCAGUACUGAAGAACCAUCUGCAUCAGGCGAAGGCUACGUGAGCCCGAUCUCGGAUUGGGAACAUGUCCGCAAGGAUAAUUGAGUACUGCAACUUCCUUGGACAAGAAGUUUCGAUCGUUUUUAUGGGUAGUGAAUAAAUAAAUAAUUGAGUACUGUCCUCUUAGUGAGCUAAUCUUUUCAUUUCUCAAUACACCAGUGUUAUUACACAAAACGUCCUAUAAGAUUACUUUGUUUAUAAUGCUAGUAUAUACAAAUAAAACAAAAUUACUAGUUUGAAAAUAA